AUUACUGUCGGUUUGAUUAAUUUCCAAGUCAACUUGAAACAAUAAUGAUUUUGUCAGAAUAAUGUUAUGAUUGAAAUGGCUGCUAGUGUCGGGCAGGAUUUUUCUAGGAGUAAAGAACAACUUACAGAUGGCGAUGGUGAUGGCGAUGAAGAUGAUGGCGAAGAGAUAUUAGAUCCGCGAGUUAAGGUAGAGAAAGGCUACGAACUGAUAACAACUAGGUGAAAGACUUCUUGGUCUUAUCGAAUUAAAAAGUUAGGAUUACUGCUACAGUGGCGGAGAUUCAGAUAUAUUUUUGCUUUUUGGAUCGCGUUCAUCAUUGAAUCUAUUUUUUUUUACCAUUCAGGGCGAACUCGACCGGCUGAACUCCUCAACCGCAGAGAUCAAUCGUUUGGAACAAGACCUCGAGGUAUACGUAUUGCUUACUCUAGUUGCUAGCAUUUGGUCCGUGUUUGAUAUUUUAGGGAUAAACAAUACCGAGCUUAUGUUGUCCCCCUUACUGGAGGAUGAAUACGUCAUAUUUUGACGGCAAUGUUUUUGUUGUAAGCUCAAGUGCUAUUUUAAACUCUUUUAAAAUGUUGUUAGAAGGAUUAUAUUGGUGAUAUUUAAUAAAGAAGAAAUCAAUCAAUUCACAUGCAAAUGAAGAUGCAUUAUGUGGGCAAGCUUUUGUUUGAAAUAAUCCUCUCAGUGUGUGCCUUAAAGCUUAGAGAGCAGAAGUGGGCGAUUUCAGGAAAAAAAUCCUGCAAACAGACAUCAAGAACUAAAAGGAAAUUAUUUUUCUUUGUGUUAAGAUUCUUACAUUUCGUAAUAGAUCAAGGAGUUCACGCUCAUAGUUGCAUCAUGGGUAAUCAGAGCAAGAUGGUGGGAAAUGAGAAGAUUUGUAUUUUAAUUCUAAGCCAGCUAAUUCUUCCUGAAUUCAUACUCAUGAUGCUUUCUCUUUGAAAAGAGUAACUUACGAGUUCAAAGAAACAAUGCAUUAAAUCUGGAGUGCAAAGAAGUCUGUGAUCAGUUUUGAGAAAACCUCAAUUUUUCCAGACAUUUUCUGUAAUUUUGAUACUGUCGAAUUACAGAAAAUGUAUGGGAAAAUCAAGGUUUUCUAAAAACUGAUCACGUGCUUCUUUGCACUCCAGAUUUAGUGUAUUGUUUCUUUGAACUCGUAAGUACAGUCUUUUCAAAGAGAAAGCAUCAAUUAUAUGAAUUCAGGAAGAAUUAGCUGGCUUUGAAUUCUAAUACAAAUCGUCUAAUCUCCUGCCAUCUUGCAUUGAUUACCCAUGAUGCAACUAUGAGCAUGAACUCCUCUAUAUUUACAUGGAAAACAAAGGGAAAAAAUUUGAUCACAGUAGUUUGCUUGGAAAAAAAUUUUGCCCAAAACAAAUCACUCAUGGUCUCCCUCAAAAGUUUUAAAAAUGUUUGGCCCCUUCAUUUCCUUGGACACUAUGGUAAGUGAAGCAUGGAGAAAUUAAAAUAGUAGAGGGCGGAGACCCUCUUGCCUGGUUCAGACGGAAAACUUUUCAGAGCCGAACCUACUUAAAAAGUUUGGUGUCUGAAUCAAUUAGGAAUGCCUGUUUCAAUUUGGGACAGCUCAGUUGUUCUUUUCCCCUAGCCCAGCUAGGAAUUUCGUGUUUGGAGCGACUCUGGAAUGGUUUUGACUCAGACCCCGAACUUUUCAUGUACUGAACUUAAUGCAUAAGUUAUUAUAAUGUAUUUUGUUAGCACAAUUGACUGAAAUAUGCAUUUUUCACCUUUUGAACUUAGUUCGGCUGCAAUCAUUAUUCAGCUGGUCUAAAUAAAACGAAAAACCUCAAUUUUGUCACUCUUAAUUCGAAUCAGGUUUGGCUCAUGAAAAGUUCAGCAUCUGAGCUAGGCCUCUGGGGGGUUACAGAAUGUUCCAAGUCUGAAAUAUUUGAAAGCCUUUCGUUUCAUGUAUUGAGGAAAAAGGCAUGUCACUGUCGGAUUUUUUCUAUUUUGUUACUUGCUCUUUUGUCUGAUCAACCCAUCUUUUUUUCAUUCGUUGUUAUUUCUGCUGUCUUAUGUCACUGUCUCAAGGCCACAUUGCGUGUCGGAAUUUACCCUAACAGGGCCUCGACGAGGAAGUUGGGAAAAUUUGGAGAAACAAUGGGAAGGGAAGGGGCUCUAGCAUUAUUCGAGAAUCUUUAAAUCACAUAUCUAAAUCUAGUAAGACUUGUACAAGUUAAUGAUAAAAACUCUGAUUAUCCCAGUUUUUGCUUUUACAUUAAUAGUCCAUGAAUGACUUAAAAAAGAAAAAACAUUUAUAUUUAUAAUUUAUAGAUUAAAUUUUUUUAUGGGUAAAGUUAAUGAAAAAGUAUCAAAUACUCUUUUUGAUAAUCAACUAUCUUCAGGAGCUACGAGCAACAUUCAGGCAGACCCUGACAGAAUCAGCAUACGUUCUCAAGAGUCACUCAGCCUUUCUGGGAAACUGCGUCAAACAAGCACGACCUUAUUAUGAUGCUGUGCGCAAAGCAAAACAGGUUUGACAAUUGUGAUAAUAUUAUGAUAAAUUAAAUCUAAAAGCAGUGAAUACAGGUCACUAGGUUCCCGUGGGAUCUUUAACAUAACCUGACAGGUUUUUGCAGGAUCUUAGUUGGAUCCUAAACGGAUCGAAUCUUAAACAAGAUGUUGGCAGAAAUUUUGCUAUUAGGAUCUUAGCAUCAGGACCUGAACAAUCGAUGAAAUCGAUAAUUGAUGGACAAUCGAUCACGAAAAGUUUUGAGAUUAUUGAUUAUCAUCGAUUAUCAAUAUCACUCGAUAAUCGAUGGGAAUCGAUCAAUUAACAUAAUAGAUUGUUAUCAAUAUGCAAUAUCAAUCGACUACCUAUUCAGUCAAACAUUUCAAUUUUCAAUUUCAUCGAGUACUUAAAUAAAGUUACACAUUUUGAUAUCAUUGCUUUUUAUUUGAGUAAAAACUGGCGAGUAGCAAUGUGUAAACUUGUUUAUUCACCCGCACGUUUCGCACGAGUUUAAGAUUCAUACAAACGUACUAUGGAUAUGUGUGUAAGAAAAACAAACCCCACUGUUAUGCUUAUAUGCUUCAACGAAAAAGCUGGCAAAUUAGGCAAGGUGUGAAUUAUUUUAUGCGUGAUGUGACGUUUGGAGCCAGUUUAGCUAAGUAUUCAUAAAAUAUGUUUAAUUUAAUGCACACAUUUUCUGUUACGUGGGCGUCUGCACAGACAUAUAAAGAAAGAAGAAGAAAAAGAAAUAACAAUGAUCUUAAUCGUGUUUGAACGACGACUACGUCCCAGGUCGGUUGAAUCUUGGCAAUGAACUCAAACCUAAAUCGAUCAAGUUUGUACUACUGACAAUGAGAUAUGUUAAUUGUCUUAAUUAUUUGUGCUGUUUUUCACGGAGCCAUAUCAAUGAACAAUUCUCAAACUUAAAUGCUAUUGAGGUUUAAGAAAUGGUCCAGAUAAGAAGGAAAGGACCAAAACGCAGUGAACACGUCGGAAUGCAAGAAGGUGCUAACUUUACUAUUGUCUCUACUAAGGUUCUGAUUGGUUUAAACAUCAAAUUUUACGAAAUCUUCGCAAAGCAGCAUGUAUAUUAAUCCCUUUUUUUCUAUCCAACUUCCUUAUAACAAAAUCUCGUCUGAGUCUAAGUAACACAAAAAUCGUAUGUGCGGAUCAUGUAAAAUUGUGAACAUUUCUUGGCCAUUGUUUGCAAGUCUUGUGAUUGGUCGAAAUGUUUUAACACAAAAAUACACCCUUUAAAAGUGGAGUUUAAAUACAUUUUCUUUCGUAAACAGCCUUUUUGUAGAUUUAUGCAUUCUCUGCGUAAAAAUGAAAACAUUUCUAUGUGAGGAAAGCGUAUUGCGCCACAACAAAAGAAAGUACUUUCCUUCUUACCUGGAUCAUUACUUAAAAAUAAUAUACGAUCUGCACACACUCCCGCGAUACCUGAAGAUACGGAGACAUGAAUUUAGUGCCAAUCGAUGGCAAUUGAUGAAAUUCGCGACCACCUAAGUGUGAUUAUCGAUUGAUCAUUGAUUGACCGAUGCCAAUUAAUCCUAAUCAGCAUUAAUUAAUCGAUCAUCAUCGAUUGAUCAAUUGAUUUUCCAAUCAUCGAUUUUCAUCGAUUGUUCAGGUCCUGUAGCAUCCUGUUGGGUCCUGUGGGAUCUUUAACAUAGGGACUUGGACAUGCAGGAACUUGGUAGAAUUUUGAACAGGAUUUGAAACAGGAUCUUGGUUGGAUCCUAACAGGAUUUUAAACAGGAUCAUGGUUGGAUCCUGAAGAGAUUUUAAAGAUGAUCUUGGUAGGUUUCUAACAGGAUCUUUAGUACUAUUAUCCUAUAGGUUUCUGUGAGAUCUUAACAAGGACCUUAUAUUGGACAGGAUAAUUCUUGCAAGAUCUUAGUUGGAUCCUAACAGGAUUUUGCAGGAUCUUGCAUGGUUUAAGUACAAUAUAGCAUUCUCUAGGUUCCAGUAUGUAAAAACUCAGCGAUUUUAUUUUAAUGGGGAUGAUUUUUUCAGUCACAGAUUGAGACUCAGAAAGCAGCUUUGAAAUAUGAGAGAGCUUGUAGCUCACAUCAAGCAGCCAAGAAAGUUUUGGCAAUGGCUGAGCAGAAACUAGUUUCCACAUCCAAGGAACAUAAAGUGCUGGACCAAACAUGGCAGGAAAUGCUGAAUCAAGCUGUACUUAAGGUUUGAAUCCCCGUUUAGAUAUGUUUCUCUCAUUAUUUAAGUUAACUUUUGAUAUUUAAACUUAAGCUUCAAUUACCUUCUGAGGAAGCAUCUUCCUGACAGACAAGCCUGUAUUGUAUUUUAAUUAGCAUUAGAUAGCCGUGCUAUGGUUUGCCUACUUUCUAUGUAGUGUCUUCCAUUUCGGGGUUGAAAGAAUGUAAUGUAAUGUAACCUAAUGUAACGUAAUGUAAUGUAAUGUAACAUCAUGUAACGUCAUGUAAUGUAAUGUAAUGUGUUCAUUAACUGUUAUAUAACAGAUAUAUAACAGAUAUAUAACAGAUAUAUAACUGUUAAAACAAACAGUUAUAAAACAGUUACAUAUAACUGUUAUAUAACUGUUAUAUAUAACUGUUUGUUAUAACAGUUAUAACUGUUAUAUACAGUAUAUAUAUAUAACUUUUAUAUAACAGUUAUAUAACAGUUAUAUAUAUACUGUAUAUAACUGUUAUAUAUAUGUUAUAGCAAACAGUUAUAUUUAACAGUUAUAUAUACUGUAUAUAACAGUUAUAACUGUUAUAUACAGCAGUAUAUAUAUAACAGUUAUAUAACUGUUUGUUAUAACAGCUAUAUAUAACUGUUAUAUAACAUUAACUGUUAUAUAACAGUUAUAUAAGUGUUUGUUAUAACUGUUAUAUAACUGUCAUAUAACAGUUAUAUAUACUGUUAUAUGAGUACAGUUAUAUAACUGUUAUAAUAAACAGUUAUAUAACUGUUGUUACAUAACUGUUAUAUAACAGUUAUAUAAUAACUGUCAUAAAACAGUUAUAACAGUUAUAUACAGUAUAUAUAUAACAGUUAUAUAACUGUUUGUUAUAACAGUUAUAUAACAGUUACUAUAACUGUUAUACAUAAUUGUUUGUUAUAACAGUUAAAUAACAGUAUAACAGUUAUAACUGUUAUAUACAGUAUAUAUAUAACUGUUAUAUAACUGUUAUAUAACAGAUAUAUAUAUAUACUGUAUAUAACAGUUAUAUAAGUGUUAUAACAAACAGUUAUAUAACUGUUAUAACAAACAGUUAUAUAGCAGUUAUAUAGCUGUUUGUUAUAACAGUUAUAAUACUAUUAAAUCAUAUUUAAUGUAGUUAACGACCAGGAGCUAUGGUCCCGGGUGUUUUUGGCAUUCUUUGGUAGCGCGUUGGUCAUCUGUAGCGUUGUGCGUGACUAUGUUUGCGUUUGUAGCGUUUACCAUUGUUCGUGAGCUGGAGGGCAGAUUCCUGUCCAGCGGUAUGUCGCUUUGGCGCAUGCGGAGGCCACGUGCCUACGUUGGGUUUGCGUUGUACUCGAAGCUUUGUCAGCGUGGCGUGGCGUUCCAGUAGCGUAGCGUUUCUCUUGGUUCUGCCCUAGUUUUGGUUAGCUUGGUUUCCCAGUUCGAGUAGCAUAGCCUUUUCUCGUGGUUCUGUCAAAGUUUUUUCCGGUCGAAGUGGUUUUUCGUUGCCGUUGUUCGUCUUUUUUCCUGUUGUGGUUCGUCCUCUGCUGGAGAGUUUUUGGUUGUCCUCUGUUAUGCCGCGCCCAUCUCGCUCGAUCAACAACAGCUUAUCGGCGGGCCUUCCUACCGAAGACCCCCUUCCAUCUACGGCAACGUCUGAAAGUCCUGUGUCGAGUACGGCUUCUAGUUCUUGGUCGCCUCAGUUGGCUGACUCCCUCACCGAGGCUGUGGUUCGGGCAAUCGGAAACUCCAUUCCCGCCAUUAUUUCAUCGAUCCAGAGAAACGCCUCCUCGCAGGCUUCUUCUUCGGUUCCAGGCGUUUCUGCUAGCGGGGCUCCACAACCUUUAUUUUCUUCAGCGUCCACUUCGAGUGGGAGUACAAGUGAUGGUGUUUCUUCGGUGGCUUCAGGUACGUUUACCCUUCCCGCGUUUGUUCCUACGUUUACGCCAGUGCCGGCCAUUACCGUCUCGAGCUCGGCCCGCCCCGUGGCUCCUACUCCCUCCACUUUCGUAUCGCCCGCCGUUACUAGCGGUCUUCCAAGCCUUGAGUCUUCGUUGGUAUCUCCCAAGUCUGAGAAGGCUUUUAUCGUUGGUCCGGGGCAUGCCCCUAUUCCCUCAAAACUAGUGUCAAAAACUGUAGGUGGCCAGUUUGUCGAGUUGGCAGAUUUGUUGUCCGUGAACCUUCGCGCCGUGGAGCAGGAGCCGCAAACGUUCCUCGAUGGUAAGCUUUUGGUGUCCUCGUCAAAACGCAGGCAAGUGGAAAUAAAAGACAUUUUGACUUGGACGGAAGCCUUUACUAUUUUUCAGAUGGUGCUGUGCGCAGCUCACCCUCAUCGUUGGCCCGAUCUCUCCAAGUAUAAGCUGCUUAUCAUUCAAACGGCUCGUCAUUUUUCUAGUUCAGCCUGGUUAGAGUAUGACCUGGCGUUCAGAAAGGAUGCGGCUGCCUCUGGCCUCAGUGACUGGUCAAGGAUGAACUUAGACCUAUACAACUUUCACUUAAGGUCUCCAACCAUGGCCUCACCCCCGCCACCUCGGUCGUCUUCUUCCACGGCAUCAGCUCCACUUCCUGCCGCCUCCCGUGACACCAGCCUGGUCCCUCCUUUUUGCCAUUCAUGGAAUGACGGGCAGUGCCGCUGGCCCUUUGGUAGGUGCAAAUAUCGACACCGCUGCAGUAACUGUGAGGGCGAACACACCCAGAUCAAUUGUCCAUUUCCCAACUCCUCUGGCGCACGAUCCCGAUCUCCCCAACCCGGGGGGAGAGGGGGACGGUACUGAAUGGGCAGUUUUGCCCGGUGAGGCUUGUGUACAUAGUGUAAAUAGUUUUGUUGCGUCGUCACGGGGGCAGCGUGAUCUGCGUUCCUCGGUGAAGCCGUCUUGUUCUGUUACAGUUCCAGUUAGUAUACCCAGCGUUGCAGUUUCUGUUCAUUCUUUCUCGCCGUUAGCCCCAGCCUCCCAGGUCUCUCCACUACGGCCGGCUCAAUUUCAGAUAGAACUUCAGCAUCAUCCAGACCAGGCGGCAGUGGCCUAUGUGUUGUCAGGAUUACGUGAGGGUUUUCGUAUUGGCUUUGAGGCGUCCAUGGUCAAUCUUAAGUCCGCUUCUUCGAACAUGCGUUCCUCCUUCGAGCACCCAUUUGUGAUAGACUCCUACUUGCAGACCGAAGUUUCCUCCGGUAGGGUGGCUGGCCCCUUUUCAGCCCCUCCUUUUCCUUCUCUACACAGCAGCCGCUUUGGGGUCAUUCCCAAGAACAAUCAACCAGGCAAAUGGCGUCUCAUCCUUGACCUCUCCUCUCCUGUUAGGCACAGCGCGAACGAUGGCAUUCCCAAGCCUCCCUUCACAGUGCAGUACGUUUCAGUCGAUGCAGUUAUUGAGGGCAUCAUGGCGUGGGGUCGCGGAACACUAAUGGCUAAGUUCGAUGUGGCCAGUGCAUACCGGAAUGUGGCUAUCCAUCCCGACGAUCGCCCCUUGCUGGGGAUGCAGUGGCGUGGGAAGUACUUUGUCGAUCUGGUUCUCCCGUUUGGGUUCCGUUCAGCGCCAUUUAUUUUCACUUCCAUUGCGGACCUGGUUGAAUGGAUCUUGGUUCAUAAUUAUGGCGUGGACUUCUUACGCCACUACCUGGAUGACUUUUUUACCCUUGGUCCACCGUCAUCCCCGCUCUGCCACUUCUACUUACUUACCUGUGUUCGCCUUUGCGAAAGGCUUGGUCUCCCCCUUCAUCCGGACAAGGUAGAGGGACCAACGACUUGCUUAACUAUCCUCGGGAUUGAACUCGACUCCGAUAGGCUUGAGGCUCGCCUGCCCUCUGAGAAAAGAGACCGGAUUGUUGCCUUACUUGAAGAGUGGUCCACCAAGCGUUUCUGUAAGAGGCGGGAGUUGGAAUCCUUGAUUGGCCACGUCCAUCACGCCUGCAAGGUUGCCCCACAGGGGAGGACUUUUCUUCGUCGGAUGAUUGACUUGCUUUGUGCCUUCCGCCUGGACGAUCAUCCCAUCAGGCUAAACCAAGAAUUCCGUCGGGACCUUACCUGGUGGCGGGAGCUUUUUCAAACCUGGGAUGGCCUCAGUUUCUUUUGCAUGCCCACGUGGGCGCCCGUCCCGGAUUUCCAAGUCUCGUCGGAUGCUGCAGGGUCACUGGGCUAUGGGGCUAUUUUUAACACCAAGUGGUUUUGCGGCGCUUGGUCUAUGGAGCAACGGUCGUUAUCGAUUGCGUACAAGGAGCUCUUCCCCAUCGUUGUAGCCGCCGCCUUAUGGGGUUCUCAGUGGGGCUCUCGGCGGGUCGAGUUCCUGUGCGACAAUGAGUCAGUGGUGGCUGUACUUAAGUCUGGCACUUCACGGGACCACCACUUGAUGGGGCUGCUGCGUCAUUUAUCCUUGCUGGCUAUACGCCACUCAUUUAUGUUUACGGCGUCUUCAGUUCGCGGCUUGGCCAAUCCAGUAGCUGACUCCCUCUCACGUUUUCAAUUUCAGCGUUUUCGUCGUCUGGCACCUCAAGCCGACCUGACUCCCUGUGUGAUUCCCGAGUCGCUGCUGGCCGCACUCCAGACGUGUUGACCCAGAGGUGUCAGUUUCUGCUCUCCCAGGGACUCGCGCCCUCCACUCGGCGUGUUUAUCUCUCUGCUCAGCGUCGCUAUAUUGACUUUUGCCGCCGGGAUGGUCGCCUUAACAGCGAUGGCUCCUUCCCUCCUGCCGAUGAGGAGACUCUCAUGCGCUUUGCUUCACUCUUGGCCGACAACUUGACCCACGCAUCUAUAAAAGUAUACCUGUCAGCAGUACGUUCCCUUCACAUUGACCAUGGCUUGUCAGACCCUUUCGUCAACUGCCUUCGUUUGCAGCGUUUACUCAGGGGAAUUAAGCGGGUUCAAGGUCCAGUAUCACCCCGGCGCCUGCCUAUCACCCUGGAUCAUCUGCGGGCGAUUCAACAUCGUCUGGACUUCUCCAGGAGAGACCAUGUGAUGCUGUGGGCGGCAUGCUGUUUGGGUUUCUUCGGUUUCUUACGAGCUGGGGAGUUCACAGUGAAUUCUGCAUUUCAGCCUAGUAUCCAUAUGACUGUUGCUGACCUGCAAGCUGAUUCCCUGGUGAAUCCUUCCUGUUUUAAAGUUCAUAUCAAGUGCUCUAAGACUGAUCCGUUUCGCAUGGGCUGUGAUAUAUAUGUGGGGCGUGGUGAGGGCCUGGUGUGUCCCAUCCGUGCUUUGGGCAACUUCUUGGCUCUGCGUGGCUCUUCUGAGGGUCCUCUCUUUACUUUUAGUGACGGUCGCCCUCUUACUCGGCAACAAUUGUCAUCCACAGUUCAGUCUAUCUUGCACUCAGCUGGCUAUACUGGCUCUUAUUCAGGCCAUAGCUUCCGUAUUGGGGCGGCAACUACAGCUGCUGCUCGGGGAGUUCCGGAUCAUCUGAUCAAGACCCUAGGCCGGUGGUCUAGUGAUGCCUACCAGAUUUAUAUUCGCACUCCAGUUAGCUCCAUCAUCCACGUAUCCACACAGCUGGCUGCAUAGCAGGUAUCUGUACUACCUUUGGGGCUGCCGUGGGGGUGGGUGCCUCAGGUUUGGGCCCUCGGGGCCUGGGGCUCUGCAGCCCCGAGCCCCCUUGCUCCGGGUUUCCGACCCGGAGGUUCCUUCGGCUUGGCGCGGGGGGGCUCGUGGCUGGGUUGCGGGUUGGUAGGCCUGUGGGUGUUCUUCCGCCUUGGGGUGUAUUGCGGUUGCAGCCCCCUGGCCCAUGGGCACCCAACCUCCACUUGCGACGCAGGCGUUAAAUACUAUUAAAUCAUAUUUAAUGUAGUUAACGACCAGGAGCUAUGGUCCCGGGUGUUUUUGGCAUUCUUUGGUAGCGCGUUGGUCAUCUGUAGCGUUGUGCGUGACUAUGUUUGCGUUUGUAGCGUUUACCAUUGUUCGUGAGCUGGAGGGCAGAUUCCUGUCCAGCGGUAUGUCGCUUUGGCGCAUGCGAAGGCCACGUGCCUACAUUGGGUUUGCGUUGUACUCGAAGCUUUGUUAGCGUGGCGUGGCGUUCCAGUAGCGUAGCGUUUCUCUUGGUUCCCCUCCCUCCCUCCGCUUUCUUUCUUAUUUAUUUAGUUAUUUAUUUUUUUUCAGGGGUUGGUUCAUUUUACUUCCACUGGGCUUCUGGCCUCAGUGUGACGGGUGCUAUAAUGGGGGGCUGGGCGCGGGGGGGCUCGUGGCUGGGUUGCGGGUUGGUAGGCCUGUGGGUGUUCUUCCGCCUUGGGGUGUAUUGCGGUUGCAGCCCCCUGGCCCAUGGGCACCCAACCUCCACUUGCGACGCAGGCGUUAAUAACUGUUAUAUAACUGUUUGUUAUAACAGUUAUAUAACAGUUUACUGUUAUAUACAGUAUAUAUAUAACUGCUAUAUAACAGUUAUAUAUAUCUGUUAUAUAACAGUUACAUAUAUACUGUAUAUAACUGUUAUAUAAGUGUUAUAACAAACAGUUAUAUAUAACUGUUGUAACAAACAGUUAUACAACAGUUAUAUAUACUGUAUAUAACUGUUUGUUAUAACUGUUAUAUGACAGUUAUAUAACAGUUAUAUAACUGUCAUAUAACAGUUAUAUAUACUGUUAUAACAAACAGUUAUAUAACUGUCAUAUAACAGUUAUAAACAGUUAUAUAUAACUGUUAUAUAACAGUUAUAUAUAACUGUUAUAUAACAGUUAUAUAAGUGUUUGUUAUAACUGUUAUAUACAGUAUAUAUAUAACUGUUAUAUAACAGUUAUAUAUAUCUGUUAUAUAACAGUUAUAGAUACUGUAUAUAACAGUUAUCUGUUAUAUAACAGUUAUAUAACAACUGUUAUAGAACAGUUAUAUAACUGUUAUAUGACAGUUAUAUAACUGUCAUAUAACAGUUAUAUAUACUGUUAUAACAAACAGUUAUAUAAGAGUUAUAUAACUGUUUGGUUUAACUGUUAUAUAACUGGUUUAUAACAGUUAUAUAACUGUUUGUUAUAACAGUUAUAUAACAGUUAUAACUGCUAUAUACAGUAAAUUUGUAACUGUUAUAUAACAGUUAUAUAUAUAACAAACACUUAGAUAACAGUUAUAUAACUGUUUCUUAUAACAGUAUAUAUAACUGUUAUAUGACAGUUAUAUAACUGUUAUACAACUGUCAUAUAACAGUUAUAUAACAGUUAUAUAACUGUCAUAUAACAGUUAUGUUAUAACUGUUAUAUAACAAUUAUAUGAUUGUUAUAUAACAUUUUAAUAUAAAAGUUAUAAGAAACAGUUAUAUAACUGUUAUAUAACUAUUAUAUAUUAGUUAUAUAUAUAACAAACAGUUAUAUAACUGUUAUAUUAUAUAACAGUUGUAUAACUGUUUGUUAUAACAGUAUAUACAACUGUUAUAUAACAGUUAUAUAACUGUUAUAUAACUGUUUUAACAAACAGUUAUAGUAUAUAGAUUUAGCCAGGGCUAAAAAGCGAAGCUCCCAUUCAUAAAUAUAUAAUUUAAAUCAAACAAUAAACUUGUAAUCCACAAAUCAGUUAACUUAAGGGCACAUUCAUGUGGCUUUUGAGGGAAAAGCUAAGUGAUUUUAGAGUGAAACAUCUCACAUCGAGUUGACUUAUAUGUUCACCCAAAAGAUAGCAAUGAUCUUGGAUCACAUUCGAGAGCCAUAACGGCUGUUGAUCACAUUAGAUUAGGCCUGGAAAACAAAUCAGGCCGAAUCUUUUGCGUUCGAUAACUUUUCUUUACAAAAUCUUGCCAACAAAUCUGGAGGUGUGUAAACCAACCUUUUAUACUCUUUAUACAUCACACCUGAGGUGAUCUGAAACAGUACUAUGAGGCGCUGUAUUUAUCGUACAGACCUCGGACAGAAUGCAGUCUUUCACUGUUUUUCAAGACAAAUUGCACUCAGUCAAUAUUUAGAACGAUCAAUCGUUAGCUUUUAGUGAAACGGUCCAAAAAAUUGCCAAAAUCACCUAUACGGCCAGCCGGUUCUCACUUUUGACAGGCGGUCGAGUGUGUGAAUGAACAUUAAUAGAGGUACGCUUCAACAUAAUAACGAAUUUGUUUUGUUAAUUUUUUUAUUUAAUGGCUUUAUAGAGGCUUUUUAACGAUGUGUAAUCUUGAAAAGCGUUUGAUACACGCGACAUUUUGAGUACUCCUGAUAGCGAUGUUCAUGAAAGACUGAAAACAAACGGCACAGCGAUUAAAAUUGCAAAAGAGACUUCUAACAAUCAUUAAAAGAAAUAUAAUUCGGUGAAACAUUUAAAGAGACAGCAAUUUUCAUUCACGAAGACAAGUAUUAAAGUGUCUCUAAAAAUCCUGAGUCUUUAAGUUUAUGUUUUAAGCCGGCUUCCCGGUGUUUGCUUUUUUCAAAGAUGAACUCGAGGCAAGAAAAUCGCUCAAAGUUUUCUUUCUACAGGCAAAUUUAUAACUAAAUAUUCUUCCGAACGUUUUCUUUCUAUUUGCGGUGAGAAAAUAUGUCUAAAGGCUUUUUAAAGUUCUGUAAGCUUACUAGGUCAGAUCAUUGUCUCAAAUCUUACAAACGUGCAUAAUUUACUUGCCGCAUAAACUGUGCUCGACUUCAUGAGGUUAGAUAUAAAAAAAACAAACAUCAGAUACAAUAAUUACUCAGGCUUACCAUUUGAGAUGCAGCUCCUGAAAGCUAUCAAGUAAGGCCGGAAUCGCUUGAGACUUUUAAACUCCUCUUCCGUAUCAAGCAAGGUGAAAAACGAAAACGAUGCCAUCCGAAAUCGGAUUUCCGACUUUGACAAGUGACGCAUUUCUCAACCAAAAAGCCGAUAAACAAACCAGCCAUGAAUAACAGAAGACUCUUGAUAGCAGCUGUAUUUCAUUUUGUACAUCCAGUGGAAAAAGACAUUAAAAAACAUCACAAGUUGACACAAAACUCUGCCAGCUUCAGCUGUCAAAGUAAACAAGUUUCAAGAUGCUGCAUAAAUUUUCCGCAUGAACUCACCUGUCAAAUUUUGACCAAUCAGAGCAUAUAAAUUGGACGUAGAGCAUGACCAACGCCUCACCAUGGUAAGAAAAGGUCUUCCCAACCUGUAUUUUUAAAUAGCUGGCUGAAUUUUCGUGUCCGAGGUAAGUUUGAAGUCAAAAUCUUAAUAGUGCUGGGCCAUGGUGACUUAAACACGACAUAUUUAUAUACAUUUUUAAAAAACACACUUGAGCCUGCGAUCAUUUGAAAAGUAGUAAGUUGUCAGCGGAUAACUUCAAAAAUAUUCGACCUCGAUGGGUCGACACCUGAGCCCGCGAUACGGUCAGGUGAUACUGGUCAGCGGAUACCCUGUUUUGACGGCUGUCAAUUGAUCACAGCAUUGAUGUGCAAUCAGUUUUCUCCUGGGCUCCCAAACUAGCUAGAAAGUCUGAGAGUAAACAUUGGUAUGCCUGUGGUGCGGACGGACGGUCGUUCGUUCGGUGUACGGUCACGUGAUAACCAAAUUUUCUGGGAUGGGUAGAUUUACUUAGCUAUUGGGCUCCGCCCACACGCGCGCGCGUGGAGCUCCGCUAUAACUGUUAUAUAACUGGUAUAUAACAGUUAUAUAACUGUUUGUUAUAACUGUUUGUUAUAACAGUUAUAUAACAGUAAUAACUGUUAUAUAUGGUAUAUAUAUAAUUGUUAUAUAACAGAUAUAUAUAACAGUUAUAUAACUGUUUGUUAUAACAAUUUUAUAACAGUUAUAUAUAACUGUUAUAUAUAAAUGUUAUAUAACAGAUACAUAACUGUUUGUUAUAGCAGUUAUAUAACAGUUAUAUAACUGUUAUAAAUGUAAUGUAAUUUAAUGUAACGUCUUGUAAUGUAAUUUAACGUCAUGUAACGUCAUGUAAUGUAAUGUAAUGUCAUAUAACGUCAUGUAACGUCAUGUAAUGUAAUGUAACGCCAUGUAACGUCAUGUAAUGUAAUGCAACGUCAUAUAACGUCAUGUAACGUCAUGUAAUGUAACGUAAUGUCAUAUAACGUCAUGUAACGUCAUGUAAUGUAAUGUAACGUCAUGUAACGUCAUGUAAUGUAAUGUCAUAUAACGUCAUGUAACGUCAUUUAACGUCAUGUAAUGUCAUGUUAUGUCAUGUAAUGUAAUGUAAUGUAACGUCAUGUAACGUCAUGUAAUGUCAUGUAACGUCAUAUAACGUGACAUGACGUUACAUGACAGUUAUAACAACUCCAAAUACAAAUAAGUAAAUGUAAAUAAAAAUUUAAGCAGGGGAGAUUUUCUCUUAAACAGGUGUCGUUUUAUUCAAGUAUGUCAGUUCUCGCAUUUUUUCAAUUUUCCAUUGAGCUAGUACUUUUGUUGCUAGAUCAGAGGAAUUGGGGGUUUUCUUAACAAUUUUUCGUUUUGGUAAUGAUAUUUCUGAGUUUGCAGGAUCCUGAUUUUUUGAAACAGGACUCCCCUUUUUAUUUUAUCUCUCACUGUUUUUGUGUUGGAGAAUUAACUUGAACUUUGCUUGGUAGGUGAUGGAAUCUGAUAAGGAGCGAGUUCGGAGUGAAAAGGAUCACCUACACACUGCACGUGCAUUCUCUGAGGCUGGGAAUAAAGUGAAAGAAUUAAGAACUAAACUUAAGUCUGCCAUCAACAAGUCCAGGUAACCUAGGACCUUCGUAAACUAGAAGUCUCCAAAUUGUGUAACAGAAUGUUUUUCUUGUUUUGCCUGAUUCACAACCCUUUUUGUCCAGCCAGGAGUAAAAUCUGUGUCUGUGACACUUUUUUUUUUUAGGUAGAUCUUAAUUUCGUGAAGUAGUCUUCUUCCAAAAUUAUAUUAAUCUUGCAAAAGCCCAGUCAGAAUCAGCAGGCUGUCACCCGAACAGUGUCUCCUCUUCUUCCCUGCCCUGCUUCCUUCCCCUCAGUCCUAGUUUUAUACCUUGCCCUCAUGCAUCUUGUGCGCUUCUCUUACUAAAAAGCUAAGAGGAAAUGAAAACAGCUGCUACACAGGCUGACAUCAGUUUGGUUGGUGUAUAAAACCUUAACAUGUAGGUAACACUUCCAAUCAAAUCACUCAACUGUCUCCCACUAGAUUUACUGUGAGCUAUUUAACUGAUGCAUCUGUUCAUUUCUAUUGCAGACCAUAUUUUGAAUUAAAGAUGAAGUAUGACUCAAUAUUAGAGGUAUUUACUGUGUUAUUCAUUUCGCUACGUACUUAUUUUAUCACCCUUGAAUAUAGAAUACACGAUUUUCAGGUGAGCGAUGGCAGGCACAAAUAUAGAGCAAGCAGCACCAGUUAUGAGACACGUGCACCUUCCCCCAUUGCGCAUGUGUUAUGUCUGGCACUCCUUGCUCGAUAUUUAGCUCUUGCCUUCACCAUGCUGAAAAAUGCACAAUAAUUGAUAAUGCCUGUUCUGCAGGCUAACUCUGAAAACCCUUUCCUGGGUGGGCGCUUAUUUGAAAAUGAGUGGGAGGGGUUGGGGUGGUGCGCGCUUAUUUGAGGCUCGAUGUUUAUUAACAUUUUCUACCUUUAGGAUAGGCGCAUAUUCCAGGUUUUAAGUACUGUGAAAAAGAUACCAAAACCUCCUGAUAUAAAACAUCGCUCUUAUAUUGUGACUACUGGGGUCUUAAGUUCGGGGUCUUACAUCCAUAGGUCUUACAUCCAUUGGUGUUACGUUCGGGGGUCUUGUUAUCAGGGGUCUUGAAUCCAGGCCUCUUACAACAAAAAGGCGUAUGGCAGGGGGUCUUACAGCCUUCAAGGUGUCUAAGAUUUAGGUGUCUUAAAUGCAAGGGGUCUUACAAGCUGUCUUCUUACAUCCAUGGGACUUGCGAUCAGGGGUUCUUACAUCCAGGGGUCUUACAUAAGGCUGUCCUACAUCCAGGGGUCCUACAACCAGGGGUCUUACAACCAGAGGUCAUACAACCAUCGGUCUUACAACCAGGGCUCUUACAACCAGAGGUCUUACAACCAUCGGUGUUACAACCAUCGGUGUUACAACCAUCGGUCUUACAACCAGAGGUCUUACAACAAUGUGUCUUACAACCAGGGGUCUUACACCCAUGGUCCUACAACCAGGUGUCCUACAACCAGGUGUCUUACAACCAGGGGUCUUACAACCAGGGGUCUUACAACCAUGGUCUUACAACCAGGGGUCCUACAGCCAGGUGUCUUACAACCAGGGGUCUUACAACCAUGGUUCUUACAACCAUGGGUCUUACAACCAUGUGUCUUACAACCAGGGGUCUUACAACCAGGGGUCCUACAGCCAGGGGUCUUACAACCAUCGGUCUUUAACCAUCGGUCUUACAACCAGAGGUCUUACAACCAGGGGUCUUAAAACCAUCGGCCUUACAACCAGGGGUCUUAAAACCAUCUUACAACCAGGGGUCUUACAACCAGAGGUCUUACAACGAGGGGUCUUACAACCAGAGGUCUUACAACCAUGUGUGUCUUACAACAAGGGGUCUUACACCCAUGGUCCUACAACCAGGUGUCUUACAACCAGGGGUCUUACAACCGUGUGACUCCGUUAACGCUAAAAGCCAUGCGAGAGAGAAAGCUCUGCUGGCAGAGUACGUUUUGACUGACGCUGGCUGGUAGAUAUCCCUAAAUGGAGGGCUUGCUUGCAGGCUUAUAAAAUCACAAUAAAACAGCCUAAAACAGAAACGAAAAGAACACGGAACAAGCCACAGGUGGUCACCAUCAUUUCCAGUAUCAUAGACCCCUUGGGGAAUCUUCUUAUGCGAUAUGUUUUCUCAGGUUUUGACAUGCUUUUCUUCGUUGUCCAGGCUCAUAAGCGACAAGUUGAGUGCACUCAAGAAAGUCUUAAAAAGGUAAAGCGAAAGUACUCCCUGGCUCUCAAGAACUUAGAAGGAAUAAGUGAAGAAAUUCAUGAGAUGAGAAGAAGCCGUGAAAGCCUCGACAUGAUUUUAACGGAGCGAGAAGAGGGAGUUGGGGCAGAGUCUCCGAUUGGUGAUCUUUCUCAUGAUGUUGUUAGAACUGAAGGCGAGUUAUCUUUACAAGACUUUGCCAAGUCUUCACCAAACAAUCCUAUGUAUGGAUUCAAAAUUGCCGUAGUUUCGGCCUUAAGAGAAGAUGGGCAAGAAUUAACAGGCCAGACAGUUUUAAACCCCAUGGAAGAAAGGGAUGGAGUCCUUGAAGGGUGUAGUGCUCUUGAUGAACAACAACUUAAUAUUCAAGUAAGUAAACACGAGGAACUUUCUUGGGGAAACGGGCUUAAAUUCGAGGCUUCUAUGUGCCAAGAUAGAGUUGAAAGCAGUGAGGAAAUGACUGAACGGUGCAGUGCUGAGUCUGCUUUGAAUCCCGUUUGUCAGGAUGAGACCGAAAGCCUUGUCCGUUGCACUGAAGGAAUAAAAGAAAGUGGGGCUGUUGCCUCUUGCUUACCGGAUCACAAACAACACGUACAGCUUACAGAAGUAGAUUCAGUUGAGCCUCAAGAAACGUGCUUCACAGCUGAAAACUCAGGCGAUGGAGACGACCAGACCAGCGAAGCGCAGACCAGCGAAGCUGAAAAUGUUAACAAGUUGCAUGUAAAUACCAUUGAAGAAUCAGUUACAGAAAAGGAGUCUAUCACAGAAGAGGAAACCGCAGAUAAGGCUGUAAAUGAAAAGGUUACAAAGCAGCUUUUAAGUGACAGAGGGGAAUUGAGUACCACGGAUGAUAAUGAGGACAGAUCAGGAUGUAUAAGCGAAACUGCGACAGAAUCUGCCGACAUUGUGGCGAAAGAAACGACCAUAGAAACAGGUAUGGAACCUGCGACAAAGACGAAAACACAAACUGUGACAGAAAAGGCCUUAGCAACAGCGACAGAAAUUGUGAUGGAGACCGCCACCACAGAAGCAAUGACAGAACCUGCGACAUUGAAUACAACAGUAACAGGGUCAGACACAAGCACGGAAUCAAGUACCGUGACCGAAACUGUUACAGAAACAACCACAGAAACUGCGGCAAAGGCAAGCACAGAAACAGCGCCAGAAACAAUGGCGGAAAGUUCGUCAGAAACUGUGUGAAUUGUGAGGUCACUUUCGAAACAAUGCAGACGAAACUCUACUAAUGGGCAGCUAGUGCUUUAGCCCUUCACUCCUUAAGUAUUUACUAGCGUUAACUCAGCUAAGGCUAAAUGUACGUACUCACAUUGGUCAUUCCUCUGCGACACCUGGCGAAGGGGAAAAAUCGACCUCCGACCACUCAUGAAGGCGUGUCAUUAGAAGACCAUUACCUCAAAAAAUAUUUUUAAAAGACACAGGCUUUAUUUGGGGUGAUUUAGCGGGGACAGCAAGGAGCUUCACAAAGAUAAUGGUAUGAGGCCAGGUGAUGAAAUCGUUAUCGUCUAUAGAUAUGACGAUAAAAAUCUGUCCAUUAUCAUUGCCAAGGAUGCUAACUGAAAAUGUAAAAUAACGCUUUUAACCGAUUCUUUGACUUACUAUGCUUUAUCGUUUCAUUUCAAAUGAGUUGCUUACAAAAAUCUGUUGAAUAAAAAUUACCUUCCGAAGGGGGAAUGCUCGAUAACAAAAUUAUGUUACCAUGUCCACUUUGUUUUAGAAAAUCCCCAGAAAACAUCCUCGUCAAUUUUAUAGAGGAGUUCACGUAAUGUAGUGUAACGCGUCGUUAAAAUACAAUCGCAUUGUUCAACCGCGGACUGUGACCUUUUGCAGUCUCUAGUUAACUGCAGAUGGUGUAUAUACAUUUUUAUGUUUAGUCUCAGGGGUAAUUAUUUCAGAGCGGAGAAAUUAUAGCUUCAAGCAGAUAAUUUAAAAACUGUCAGUUUAUAGUUUACGUAAUGCUAGCUAAAGCUAUAUUUAUUCACCAAAACAGAUGAUAGGAGUUUUUAAUUAUUUAACGUUGUGGCGCUAUUUUAAGUAGAAAUCGUGAUGGGAGAAGUUUCUUGAGUUAUCUACCCAUCAUUAUCCAUAUGUGCAAAUAACCCCAUGAUUAUUUACUUAAGAAAUUAGAACAACUAGGACCAAGCUUUAUUUACUGAGUUCUAUUUAAAUAGUCUCACUGAAAGUUUUAACCUCAAAGCCAAGAGUUAAAUGCAGAUUAUAAACUACCACACGAAAGUACUG